UAACAAGAGGUCUGUUCCUAAAAAGUGCUUCUACAGGCAGGUUUUCUGGAGCACACAUUACUAUACAUAUUUCAGUACUGAAGAUGUUGUACUGAUGGAUUCACAGUUGACAAAGCAGGCCCAUAGCUAACAAGCACAAAUUUACCGCACACAAUGUUCCUUUCAUACAAUGAAGCUGAAUCGUUGCUCCUGUCUUGUAGCAGCAUGAGCCCAAAUCCCAUACAAAUUGCUACAUUUCUUGAACAUGGACAGAGAAAAGCCUGUGUUUGUGCAAAGACUGAUUACGUGAUGGCUCAAAACUUCUACCAGGGCAUGUGAAAAUGUGCACUCAGUGGUGCAUUUGUUCUAAUGUGUAGUAGUUAAACUGUUUAUUCAGAUUCCAUUUUUUGUGUGCAUUUGUUCUAUAGCGGGAGUGAAGUCUCUCUCCCUUCCCUUUUGGGUUUUCUGAGCUCUUGAUCUAUCCACAUUACUAGUGACUGGGACAGAGGAGAAAAGUCCCACUCAGAGAAGAGGAUUCCAUAGACCUUCAUUGAAAGAACACAGUUCUUUGCCUCAUAAGCUCCUACCUCUUUCCUUCUGAAUCAAUUGUAGCUUUGUCUGAUCACUAAAGUUCUAAACAGAAACUCCAGCUCUGUGAGGAGGAGGCUUUAGAUGCCAUAAUCCCCACUGAAAGCAAGCCCAACUCUUGCAUCUUCUAAGUAAAGCACUGGCAUUCCCUUCCUUCUCCCACCUAGAAGCCCAAAUCCCACACUAAACCAUCAGAUUCCUAGCAAAGUUCUUCCCCCAAAUUUCCUUCUUUCUGUUGUGAUUUACUUCCCUUGUUACACUGUGAUUUACUCACCCCUUUGUCAGUGAGACUCUUUAGAAAGAGUUUGCCACCACAGAAGAUCCCUAACUCCUAAUCUGAUGGAUUUCUUCUGGGGAGGUUGUGAGCAGAAUAGAGGAACUGGGAGCACAAUACACUGACCACACUAGCAAAAGACAGUGUACCCAAGGUUUUGUCAGACUUUGGUCAGCCAAUAACUAGACAGUUGCUAUACGUAGGAUUUUUAGCUCUAAAACUUUUUGCAAGCAGGAAUGUAGUGUUUUUAUGUAGAAACUAUUUGAAAUCUGUUUUCAAGUACUGCAGGGAGACCUGAGGAAAUGGAAUAUACAUAUAUUCAAAGGGAGAUGGUUGUGAUUUUUGGCUUGUCAACUUUAACAGAGUCUCUUCAGACUGCAAGUUGCAAAGAGAUUUAGUAACAAGAAAAUCAAUAUUUAAUAAGAUGGUUGAUGUCACCUGAAGGAGUUGAUUCUACUUGAGUGUUCAUAGAAUCAUAGAAUAUGAGGGUUGGAAGGGACCCCAGGAGGUCACCUAGUCCAACCCCCUCCUCAAAGCAAGACCAAUCCCCAACUCAAUCUGUUGUUCUUUACUGUGUUCUUUACUUAUAUUUCCUACACUGCCACUGACUGGCUUUGUGACCCCAGGGAAGUUCCUUAACUUGUGUUCCAGUUUCUCAACCUUUACAAUUAGGAUAAUCUUACCUAGUUCUACAAAAGUUAAGCCCACAACAGUCCCCACUCAGAAUGAUCUCCCUAGCUGAGAGGCGCUGGCCUUUAGUCCUGACUCACUUGCAAUAGUGGUAGGUUGUCCCAUUGUACACUAGUUUGGAUGGUGCUGUGCUGUAGUUUGGUAUAACUAUGCUGCUCUCCAUUUGGCCUGCCCUACACUGGGACAUACCAGUGCCAUUCCCUUCUGUUCAGGAUUGCUUCAGCCCAAUUCUGCUAUGCCACUGUCACAUGUGGGGUAAAGGGCCUGUUACGUGGGAAUGCAAUAGAUGGUUCUAUGCCCACGUCACUACACGGUGUAUGGGCAGCUGCAAGUUGCCAGUCUAGUGGGAGUGAGCCCACACUGAGAUUUGAAGCUGUGCCGCAGGUCCUUCCCCUUUUUGGGAGGGGCACACAAGGCAACUGUAGCCUGAGUCAGGCUCUGGCUGGGAGCCCAAGGUGUAGCUUGUUGUGCAGUUCCUAUGGAGAUGGGGGAGUACUGACCCUCAUCCAACGCAGCAGUAAUUCCAGCUUCCACUGCAGUUCUCCAGCGGCUUUCUCAGAAGGAAAAGCAAGAAGUAUCCUCUCCUAGAGGUGGCUCUAACACAGCUGGUGUAACCAAGUAGCGUUGCUGCAAUGAUGACCACAGCUUAUUUAACACCAAGUCCUCACACUGUUAAACAAUGGCAACUAGAGAGUUUAGGACUCCUUGGAGAAAACACAGUGAAGUCCAGCAAAGUGUCUUCCAGUAAAAUCCAGACCACUGGGAGCUUGAACACAAGGUUCAGCACUUGGACACCUAUCGCAAACAAAUCAUUCAACAAGCAGCUCUUUCAGGAAAGAGUUAGUCUCAUAAGCCAUUGGUUUGAUCUGUGGACAGACAAGCAGCGCAAACAAUUCCUCCACACAAUGUUGAUGAGAUGCAGUAAAUCACAACUGAAGUUUACCCAAAACUGGUUUGCAGAGAGGAUUCCAGUGACCAAAGUGGAUUUCACCAAAGUGCUGCCACGUUUCAUAUCUCUGUACAUCUUCUCCUUUCUCAGCCCAAGGGAGUUGUGUGCAGCUGCCCAAGUCAACUGGCACUGGAAGUUUAUAACUGAACAGGACUGUUUGUGGAUGCCAAAGUGUGUUAAGUUCGGAUGGUUCCUGCCCUACACUCCAGCAGACAGCGAAUAUAGCGCGUGGAAGCGACAUUAUAUUGCCUGUGCCACCAGCUUGGAUUACUUCACCCCAAGAGAGGCCACUGAAAUCUAUGGGACCCUCAAUGAAGCAAAAGCUGAACAUGAGGAGCAGGAAGAAAGGCUGAGAGAAAAAUGGCUACGGAAAAUGAUUCGGGAGAGAUUAGCGUUACACAAGAAGGAGUUAUUCAAAGCUCGACUGCCUUGGAUGAGUGGUACUUGGAGCUCGAGAUUUUUAAAAUCGCGAUUACAGCCAAGUCAGGCCCAGACGAUCCAGGACCGGGCUAGACGACAGGCAGCUUUGCAACUAAUUAGGGAAAAGAGUGCUCUUUCGAAUCAUACUCUUUCAAUGCUGCUUUCUGAAGAAAUGAAACCUGUAGCAAACUUUAAUCUAGCAGCAGAGACACAGCUUGUUUUGGCCUCCCUAAAAACUUUGCCCAAGAGAAAGAAUGUGACUGGAAGAAGAUCCUACCCUGUGUUAUCUUACAAACACUGUCAGUGUAUCUACCAAAAACACAGCAAUUUUGCAUAUCCACUUGAGCCAUAUCUGGUUUUGAUAUCAUCCAGGAUUCCCGCAUAUGAGAUGGUGCUGGACAGCAUCAAACCUGGGGUGAUUCCUGUGUUGUAUGAACAUUGCGGAAUGACAUUGGAAAGCCUCCUUUUUUACAUAGAAAAGGCUCUGGAUGGCCGAAAAGCAAAGAGUAUAGGGAUUUUUAGCGAUGGAGACUCCAGGGAGAUCAAUUUACUUCAAGGCUGCAGAAUCAGUAUUGAGAACAUUCUGAGCCCUGAAGUGAGAGAAUUUUGGGAGAAGCUAGGUUGUGUCAUGUCUCCAGAGGAAGGUGGUCAUGUGGACAUCUUUGUUCCUCUGGCAGCAUCAGAGGCAGGGAUGGAAGUCCUUUCCCAGCUGACUCAGCUGACUGGUGUGCUCUUCAGAACCCCCACAGGAAUUGCAACUGGAUCUUAUCAGCACAUCCUUAGUGAAUGGCUGGGAAAACAGAAGGAUGGACCUCCCACCUCCACCUACUUCACUGAAGUAAAACUACAGACAUGGCUCAGACUGACAGAGCUCCUGGAGGAGGCACUGAAAUCUGUCCGGAAGCAGAUGCAACCAUAUUUAAGUGAGCUGCAGAAGAGUAUUAGUGGCCGGAUUAUUGGUCAGUUUAUGUUUGAUGCCAUGAGCAGAGCUAAAGUACAUACUAAUAGAGAAACAGCCCAGACUUUCACUGAUGGAUUAGCUGAACUGUCAAAAAGAAGCUAUGAGGAUGCAAAAGAGGCUGCCACCCUGAGCCAAAAGCCUAACUGCAGCAUCAGAGCGAAUGAGCCAACAUUUGAGGCAGUGGCUCAGUUGGAUAAAAAACUUGAGAAGGACACCGCAGAUGGACGAACUAAAUUUGCCAGGGAGCUGCUGACAAGUGAGAAGAACUAUGUACACAUACUGAAAACUGUGAAGGAUGUUUAUGUUACACCACUGAAAGCAGCAUUAGCAUCAAAUCGAGCCAUCCUAAGUCAUGCUAAUGUUCAAAUCAUCUUCUCCGAUAUCUUGGAUGCCUUACAACUCAAUAGACAGUUUUUAAAUGAGCUGACAGAAAGACUUCAGGAAUGGAGUCCAUCCCAGUGCUUGGGUGAAAUAUUCACUAAAUUUGGCUGGCAGCUUCAAACAUACACAAACUUCUUCAACAACUACACUGUCAUUCUGAAAACCAUUGAUAUGUGCAGAGAGACCAUUCCUUUAUUCCGUGCCUUCCUGAAAAGACAUGAUAAAACUGUUGUUACGAACAUGAUGAGCCUGCAGGAGCUGCUGCUAUUCCCUUCUAAAAGGUUUGAAGAGUAUCUUAAUCUUCUUUAUGCUCUGAGACUGCACACUCCUUCAGAACACGCUGACCGUGAAGAUUUGACUGCCGCAGUCAAGAUGAUGAAACAAUACAAGGAAUACAUAGAUCAGCUAAAACUAAACAUGAGCAAAGAUGAGCAAAUGCUAAAUGCACAAAGAAUCAUCCAGGGAUGUCCUAAUUUAUUAGAAGCCAACAGGUAUCUGAUUAGAAUACAAGAUGUAUCCCAGUUUAGCUGCUGUUCUGAGGAAAUCUGUGUUUCAUUCAGGCUCUAUGAACACAUCAGCGAUCUUAGCCUCUUUCUUUUCAACGAUGCACUUGUUAUUUCAAACCGUAGCAUCUCUUAUAUUCCGUUUGAACGGACCCCAAAAACAACUUACCAGUUCUUGGCAUCAGUAGCUCUUCACAGGCUUGUUGUAGAAGACAUUCCACAUUCAAAAUAUAUAAAGAAUGCAUUUAUUUUACAAGGCCCAAAACGCCAAUGGAUUUGUUCUAUAGAGGAUGAAGAUGAUAAAUUUACAUGGCUAUCUGCACUACAAAGGGCAAUCAACUGUAGCAUUGAAAAGAACUGAGAUUCAUCUUAGUGUUUCAGAUGCCCAACUCCUGUAGCGUGCACUAAUUAUUUGUGAACAGAUUUUUGUGCAGUUUCCUACUGAGGACUUUUGCUCAAAUUCCGCACCUUACCAAGAAGUUAGCAUUCCUUUUGAUAGUGGCUCAUGGAGUACCAUCGUGUGUGUGCCUCAGACUGCAGAAACUUACAGUAGAAUCAACACUCAUUGUCGACCUGUAAGACUGAUCCUUUUUUAAAAAGAUCACACUACUACAAUCCAUUUCGUCUUCAGAACUUAACGCAAAAUCCGCACAAUAUGACUUAAUGGCCUUCAUAAAGAUCUUCACUGUAUGACAAACGGGAAGAAAGCUGCUAAUUCAUCGAGAAUCUGCUAUGAAAACGGCUUUAGAUUUUCUCCACUGAUUGCACGAGGGGACAACACUACAGUUCGGUUAUGGAUAACAAGACAUUUUAACUGGUAUAUUCUCAGUAUAUACUACCCAUUAAGUCCUUAUAUCAUAGUUUCAAAGGGCAUUAAGGAGAUAGAAACAUUUUACUUUUUUGCAAUUUUUAUUAAAGACCAAAGUCCUGGAUUUUCACAUAAUUCCUCACUGAGUGAAAACUGUACUAAAAAAUUAGUACAGCAAUAUGAAUAAUAAAGUAUACAGGCUCUGGGAAAUAAAAAUAAGUUGUUAGAUGUUACAAAGACAUAGCUUUUGGAAGUAUAACUCUGUAGCUGAAAAUGAAAUCACCCAACAAGGACUGCUGUAGAAGGUAUUUAAGCACCAUAGUAACAAGAAUAGGUAAGUUACGUUUAGAAUUUACAUGAACAAACAGCUCCUUAUCUUUCCCCUAGAAUUACUAUUUGUUCUGGGUCUGUUCUUACAUUUAAGAAUCUAAUGUCAAGGAAUUCUUGCAAUUUGUUUUCAUGGAAUAGAAAUGUGUUCAUUAAAGGUUAGGACAUACAAUGCUUCAAACACUACUUGCUUGCUGCUCAGGAAUGUCCAAUAUGGACACUACCACAGUGCUGUGAAAGCUCCAAAGGGCGGCUUAGCCUACUGCUACUUCAAAGAGCAGUACCACUCUAGAACUUUCAUUGCACUGUAGCAGUGACCACACAGGACGUUACUGAGGGGUAAGCUGGUGCACUAUAGAUCACACCCUGGCUUGCAACAGAGGAACUUGCUAGGUAUAGAAGCCCUUAGUGAAUAAGACUUAUGAGCACACAAUAGAGGUGGGAGGAGAAGUGUAUCUCAACCUACCAAGGCCCAAAUGAAGAACAGAAUGUUUGGCAGACUCAAUGAAGGACAAGAAAUUAUUCAUGUAGGAAAUUUAAAAAUGCUGCGGAUUCAUUCCUUUAGUAUAAAUAACUUUUUAUAACCUUCAUUUUGUAAUUCUCUAGUCUGGAUGUCAGAUGUAUUUUUCAGUAAUAAGUGAUAAAAAUCCAGUCCAUGUAAGAUGGAAUCGGUGCCUUUGGGAUGAAAAUGAGGGACCCUUGAGAUCCUUCAAAGAAAAAGCAGGAAGAAUAAUUUAUUACGCUGACAGUCUUUUUAAAGUAGCACUGCCUUUAAAAAAAAGGCUUUUCACAUAUUCAAUUUUAUUUUGUAGAUAAACAGACAUGGGAGAGGACAUUAAAUGGGUAUUGAGGGGGAAAAAGCAACAGUUCCAGCACUCGGAAUGGUGGAAGAAAAGAGACAAAUUAGUAGAGAGAAAAGAUUGGGGGGGGGGGGGGGGGAAGGUGCUAGAGGGAAGAGAAAAAUCAGACCAAGAAAUUGAUGCUGCUUGUUAUAGCAGCCUGUAAUAAGAUAAGUUUUUGCAAACAGUUUGAAGAAAAAUACUGUGUGCAAACAACUGUUUGUGUAUGAACUGUAUUGGCAUUUAUCCUUCCUCCCCUAUUUAUUCCCUAAACUACUCACACUGCAGUAGCACACAGCAGCAUCACAGAUUGCAACCACAUUCUCCUGGGCACUGUACAAAUAGAGAGUCUCUGGCCCAAAGAGCUCAGAAUCAAUCUAGGAUUAUAACAAUAUGCAACAGGUAGCUAGAACAAAUGGGAGACAGAAGGGAAUGAGGAGGGAACAUUAAAACAAUUAUGUUUUGCAUCCCACCGAUUUCCUCUAGGAAUUAGACAGAAUUACCUUUUACUGAAAAUAAAUCCUGCCCACAUUUUUUAGAUGAGUUAACUGUUGAUGACCACCACGUAAUAUGAUGUUCUUAAAACAAAAGAUUGUAGUGAAGAUGAGAAAUUAAACUAGCUCUUUAGAUAGUUCAGAUUUAUUUCUGAAUUAAAAAUUUGGUUUAAAGUUCACAUAAUGAGCAUUCAAAAUAAAUCACAAGAAAUCUUUAAAUAAACAGUCAUCCUAUUUCUCCUGCCUAGAUAGAAAAGUGGCAUUACUGCAAUUAAGCUCUUAAUUUGAUGUAUUUGAUGUACAAUUUUGUUGAUUCCAUUGCAAGGAUUUGAGACAUUGAGAUCCAAUCAUGCAUUCAGGAUUUGAGAAUAAAAGUUUUUUUUACAUUUAAUUCAAAGGUCUGAAUGUCUGAUUUAUGAUUUUUUUUUUUGAAAAAAAUCUAUUUUUAUAAACAAAACUGCAUGGACAAUUACAUGCAUACAGUUUUUAAAAAAUCAUGUUCCUUGAUUGUACCAGAGGACCCAGCUGGAAAGUGCAGCAUACGGUCUUUCAGUGUUACCCAGCUACUUGAUAAUUAGUUACAACGGUGAAGUGAUCUUAGACUAUUAACUUUUCUGGGUUACCUUGCAUUUCUCCUUUUCGCUUAUACCUGAUUUCACUAAAUUUAGUCUGACACUUAAUCUACUAAUUGACAACAUAUUGUGCAAGUGUGAUUUCUAUAUAGGUAGUUUAUUUUUUAAACAAGUUAUUUUUUAAACAAGUUAUUCAUUAUAGAAAUCUCAAUCCACCUACAUGCAAAUAAAAAGAUCCACUUUUUUUCAUUUCA